GUUAGUUUCGUUGUGAAUUUUGUGCAGUUAAAGUAAAUUAGUGAAAAAUGACUGGUCGUGGUAAAGGUGGCAAAGGCUUGGGCAAGGGUGGCGCAAAACGUCAUCGCAAAGUAUUGCGUGAUAACAUUCAGGGUAUCACAAAGCCAGCUAUCCGUCGUUUGGCUCGACGUGGCGGUGUAAAACGCAUCUCUGGCUUAAUUUAUGAAGAGACCCGUGGUGUGCUCAAGGUGUUUUUGGAGAAUGUUAUUCGUGAUGCUGUCACCUAUACGGAACAUGCCAAAAGGAAAACAGUCACAGCUAUGGAUGUUGUAUAUGCAUUAAAAAGACAAGGCCGCACCCUUUACGGUUUCGGCGGCAUUUCAUCGAAGGCAAUGAGCAUCAUGAACAGUUUUGUGAAUGACAUUUUCGAGCGCAUUGCUGCUGAAGCUUCCCGUUUGGCCCACUAUAAUAAACGAUCGACAAUAACGAGUCGCGAAAUCCAAACGGCAGUCCGCCUACUUCUGCCCGGUGAAUUGGCUAAGCACGCCGUAAGUGAAGGCACCAAAGCCGUUACCAAGUACACCAGCUCAAAAAUGACUGGUCGUGGUAAAGGUGGCAAAGGCUUGGGCAAGGGUGGCGCAAAACGUCAUCGCAAAGUAUUGCGUGAUAACAUUCAGGGUAUCACAAAGCCAGCUAUCCGUCGUUUGGCUCGACGUGGCGGUGUAAAACGCAUCUCUGGCUUAAUUUAUGAAGAGACCCGUGGUGUGCUCAAGGUGUUUUUGGAGAAUGUUAUUCGUGAUGCUGUCACCUAUACGGAACAUGCCAAAAGGAAAACAGUCACAGCUAUGGAUGUUGUAUAUGCAUUAAAAAGACAAGGCCGCACCCUUUACGGUUUCGGCGGUUAAGAAGUUACAUUUGCCCAAAUGUGCAAAUAAAGAAAACAAUCGGUCCUUUUCAG